AGUAAGAGCUGGUAAAGUCUGUGUAGGGUGUGUAGGCGAUCGUGGUGGCCAAGGUAAACGGUUGAUGCGAUGUUGAUCCAUGAAGGCUAACAAUGCUCUGGCAGCAUGCGGUCUGGCAUUCUCUUGCUGAAAAAUCGGGAUUUGGAUGGUGUUUAGGUAUACGUUAGAAUAAGAUAAGGCUCCACUAUGAUAGGUGAUUUAUCGAUCCACAAAAAUUCCAUUAAUUUAUCUGUUACCACUGCAGAUUUAGGCACAUUGACACAGAAAGAACAUUAAGCGGAGGCGCAAAAAAUUCUUUCUAACCACUUUAGGUCAAGAACUUAUUAAGGACCAUUUGACUCGUAGAGCUCAGCAUAUUUACCGAGAGAACUAGUGUCAUUUUAAAGUUCCGGACUUCAGGAACCAGUGGAGGGGAAGGUGUAAAAUAUGGCCAUAUUCUAAAAAUCAAAAGAAAAAAAGCUCAUCGUGCGAUAAAUGUCGAGAAUUUAUUUGCAAAAAUCAUGCUAGCACGAAGACGUUAUGCAUAAGUUGUGUUGAAAAGUAAGGUCAAAAACAUGCUUGUCAUUUUUCAGAUACGAAAACUAAAUCA